GCGCCGCGACGCCGGGCGCACGCAGACGCAUCUGGACCAGCGUCGGUGACGUAGAAACGAGGAACGAGAGGCAAAAGCGGAGCUCCGGAGGCAGCCUCUGCCGUUUCGACAGAUAACGCACGGGUUGUCCUGGUGGUGGUGACACGGCGCGCUCGACCGCUCGAUCCUUCCGUCAGGAUCAACGCGCAGGAAAUCACGUUACGCGAGGGCUAAAUACCGGUUACGCGUUACGCGGGUCCGUCCUCCCAUUCCCUCAGCUCGCGACGCCGACAUCCCGAGCGCCGCGCAGAUCGAAGCGUCAGAAUGGUCGAAGAGACGCGAUGACGUACCGCUAAGGGAUCGUGAACCACCUGUGAACCGACUCGGAAAUGGCCAAGAUGAUAAUGGUCUCUAGGAUUACGGAUGUGCAUCUACGUUUGUGAUCACGGUACGACUGUGUGUGAGACAUCGUUUUGCAAAACGCACGACGGAUCGCGCAAUCGUGUAACAGUUACGUGAUAUUCGAAGGAAUAUCAAGAGCGAGUAACGAGUAUCAAGUAGAAUAAGCUAAUUUGUUCGUGACAGAUUGAUGACUAAUUGGAAGAUCAAGGAUAACAAACAUGAAAUACUUAAAAGUCGCACUGUUCACAUUCAAUCUAUUAAUAUGGUUGGCUGGCUGCACGGUGCUCGUGAUAGGCGCAUGGUUGCUCCUGGAGCCCAGCAAGGGACACAUCCUGAACCUUUUCGUGUCUGACGUCAAGCCGCACGAGACUAUUAAUCUGAUAGCUUACAGCCUCCUCGGCCUCGGCUUCAUCGUGCUCACGGUCGGCUUCUUCGGCUGCCGCGCCGCGCUACGCGGAAAUCAAUGCAUCCUCGCCACCUACAUGAGCAUGCUGGUCGCGCUCAUCGUCACGGAACUGGUGACGGCCGCGAUCGGCGGGUUGAUGACUUUUCAAAUCUUGUCGGACCUGGAGGAGAGGCUCACGAAUAAACUGACGGUAGACUACGGCCACGAUCCGACCAGCGAUAUUCCUUUCAGCCACAGCCUGGACUUUGCGCAGUAUAAGUUUAAUUGCUGCGGAAUACACGGCGACGACGAUUACAAUGGCACAGCUUGGUGGAGGGACGGUCAAAUCUCGGGGAGCAGGCGGCAGGUUCCCCUCACGUGUUGUGUUCUCAAAAAUAACGAGAAUAAAAAUACAGGCAGUCCGAUGAGCGUUGUUUCGAGAGUGUUUCAUAAAAAUAACGAGAAGCCAUGGCUGCAUCCGCAGCCAAAGGAUGAGGCCGCGUGUCAAAUAGAAGACGAAGAAGCUCACGAGGGAUAUAGGCACAAAGAGGGGUGCCUUGGGAAAGUCACGAACUGGUUGCAAUGUGAGAGCUUCACGUUAGUAUUUCUCGGCAUGGCAAUGGCAGGAAUACAGACGUUCGGAAUUAUAACGUCCGCUUUCCUCUGUCGAACGAUAAGAGACAUGCAGGAAGAAUGAUCCAGGGUUCGUAGUCUCAAUGAAGUAAAAAGAAUGUCGUGGCACGUUCAAUCUUUACAUUGACAACUUUGGGAGAAGAGAUGUAUUCAUUUUAUAUCUUCGUGUACUCGGCUUGCUUGGAAAACUUCCACGGUUCGUGAGUUCGAACUCGGAGAUGAUCGGAACUUGUAGAACCACGAGAGAAGGAAUACUGCGGGGAGAAAGUAAUCUGAAUACUUGUUCUGUUCCACGAGGUGUCUGUUCAUUGGGAACUUCGAGACGAAAUAACGAUAAGUGCUACGCUUGAGUUUAGAUUGUUCUCACUUCUGUGCGCGUUUUGCUGCCAAUCAGCAAUAAUGUGAUCAACACACCCUGCUGUAUAUAUAGUACCACAUAUGCAUCUGUGUCGUGUUCUAACUAAUACUA